AUAAAAAUGGAGCAUUCAGAUUUAGUUGCCGAGAUGGCUCAAGUGGAGCACUUGACCACUCAGGAGAGACUUCAUCUGGCACGAAGGCGUCGUAUGCAACAGCUGAAGCUAUGGCAGCAGAGAGAGAAGGAGUGGGCGCGCUCGCGGGGCAAGCGAGAGAAGAGCAACAAGCGCAACAUCUUCUUCAACGACAGCGUCAUGCUGUUGGAGGCUGCGGCGAGGAACGAUAUCGAAGAAGUGCGGCGUCUCCUCGCGCGCGGGGUGACGCCGGACGCAACGAACGAAGAUGGGCUAACGGCGCUGCAUCAGUGCUGCAUCGACAACAACGAGGCCAUGAUGCGGCUGCUGUUAGACAACGGCGCCAACGUCAACGCAGAAGACAGCGAGAAGUGGACGCCCCUGCACGCCGCCGCCACCUGCGGGAACCUCAACCUGGUCCGAAUACUCAUCCAGCGAGGCGCAAACCUUUUAGCCGUCAACGGUGACGGCAACAUGCCAUACGACAUCUGCGAGGAAGAGAGAACGCUAGACGCGAUCGAGAGCGAGAUGGCUGCGAGGGGCGUCACCCAGAGACUGAUAGACGAGACGCGCGCCGCCACCGAAAUGAGGAUGCUGAUGGAUGUUGCGGAGCUGGUCAAGGAGGGGAUGGACUUGGACGAGCCGAGGGAUAACCAGGGUGCUACUUUGCUGCAUAUAGCCUCGGCGAAUGGCUACAUCAAAGUGGUGGAGUUCCUGCUAGAGCACCGGGCGUCUACUGACGUGGUAGACCACGACGUUUGGCAGCCAGUUCACGCUGCGGCUUGCUGGGGACAUUUAGAGGUAUUAGAGUUGCUUGUGCAGUACGGCGCUGAUCUCAACGUGCGGAAUAAACACGACGAAACGCCUGCAGAUAUCUGCGAGGAGGGCGAGAUGCGCGCGCGCAUCGUGCGGCUAGCGGCAGAGCAAGAAGAGCGGCGGCGGCGCGCGCUGCACGCGGCCGGCGAGCGCGCCACCACCGCGCGCCGCUCCUCCUCCACGGCCAGCGCGUCAAGGUACAUUUUGAUAGUACUAAAGCUUCAACCACACCAACGCGUGGAAAUCGCCAUCGCCGAUGGGGAACAGUUGCUCUUCCUCUUAAGUCUGACUUCUGAAGUUCCUCUUGCUCUUGUACCUGACGUCGGACUACGGAGACGCGCGUUGCACGCGGCCGGCGAGCGCGCCACCACCGCGCGCCGCUCCUCCUCCACGGCCAGCGCGUCAAGGGUGCGGUCAGUUCGACGUACAUCGCUACGGGAAAAGCAACUGGCGGCCAAAGCAGAUGCACGAGGCGAGGCGCGUCUCAGGGAGACCUUCGAUUCUGCCGUGGAUGAUGAGCUGCAGGGCCUAUCAAAUGGCAUGGAAAAUGACCAGAACACAGCAAACCAAAUGCAGCCUAAUGAUUUGACGCAUAAACGUCUAUCUACCAGCUCAACGACGUCCAACCAGAGUUACGACUCCAACGUCGAGUAUGCCGUGCCCAAGCACUCGUACAAUCAACGCGCAAGGAACAGCGACGUUGAUGGAAACGACCUGCCCUACCCACCUAAGAUAUCAAAUCCCCUAUUCGGGGUUAACGCCGCCUCACACUACGCGCCUGGUUCCCACGCGGCGCCAGAACACGAGACCAAACACUACGAGAAAAGCUUACCCAACGGAGUCAGAAAAGCCCCAGAAGGCCAAGACAAUGAUGCCUUCAAAUCCGAGGACUCCCUAGACGGUAGGAAAGAGGUGAUAGUGAGCCCCAACCAAAUCGCGAUCACAGAGGGCGGCACCGCGACCUACACCACAGACAAUAAUGGUAAAAUCAAUGUUCAUGUCACCGUCAUGAUUAACGCAGGCACUCUCGCGGAUUUGAAGAAGCAGCGCGCUCAAAUUAGAACAAACGGUAGUCCGGUGGAGAACAGUUUGAACUCGACGAACAACCACAGCAUCAAUUCAAUACCUGAGGUGUCGAAGGACAUGCCGGUGCAACUCAACCCGCUCACUCUGUCGCCGAGUUCCGGGACUGUCCCGCGAUUCUCCGGGAACACGAGUGACGUAGUCGGGGACACCAGAUCGCACAGGUGCUGUAUUAUAAUGUAGAUUUACAUCGGUAUUAUGGUAUCGGUAGACGCGCCCCUAGUGCACAAAAUAGAGGGGCGCGUGAACAAAGAGAGAUUGAUUCGCGUACAAGUCUGAUUGUCAUUCCAAAAAGAUAUAUUUAUGCCGGUUAGGUUCGUACAAUGUGCUGAUUGUACUGUGAAUUGUAUUUAGCGGGUUAAGUGAUGGUAUGUUAAUAGUUCCGAUUGGCCCCUCGAAAGCGAGGAAGUUAUUGUUACGUUGAUUAUUGCCGAUGGAUAAUUGCCAUUUUUGCUCAGCAACGUCAGGGCUUGCCAAUGUGCUAGUAACAGUGUGAUAAGUGUUGAUCAGCUCAACGGUUUUUAUCUAGGGGUAAGGAAAUAUUAAAUGGUUGCUAAUAUUUUACAUAGUUAUAGAAUUGAAUCCUAUAUAAUUAUAUAAAUUUAUUGUCUUAUUGUAGUAGUGUAUUUAAGUAUUUUCCUACUGUAGAUUUCGCCUUACCUAUUAUUGUAUCUUAUACAUUCCAUUUUUAUGUAUAUAACUAUGUUGUAUGUCAAGGUUAUUGUGAUUCCAGCAUUAUAUCAGUAUAAUUGAAGUUGAUCAGUAUUUCAAUGGUAUGAAAAGCAUAAUAAUUAAUUAGAUACGAUCAGUAUAAAUAAACAAUCACAAACGAUCGAAUAUAAAGCAAUUGUUCGAAAGUGCCUCACCGGAUGGAUUGUUGCAAAUAUAUUUUAAUGAAAAUAGCAUAAUUGAAUACUUAAAUGCGAGUUAUUUAAUAUUUAAAUAAUAAGUGAUUAAUGUGUAAUUUAUUUUAAUCAAAAUAAUAUAUUCGUUGCAUAAAUUCCUUGAACACUGCUAGGUAUUAUUUGAAUUUGGGGUGAUAUUUUAAUAAAAGUAAACGUGACUGCGAUAAAUGCCUUAUUUAGACACAUUCGUUAUUUUGUUGUACUCGGACCACGCGACGGCAAUAAACAAAACAUUAGUAUUUUACAAUUUCCAUGUUAAUAGUACACAAAAAUAGUUCUUAAAUCUAUCAAACAAGUAUUUCCCAAGUGAAUAUUAUAAUAAACUUCAUAAAGAUAAAAAUUCAAAUAGUUAAGACAAUUUUAUAACUUUGUCUAUCUUUGAAAUAAUUACUAGGCGAUUUGUAUUUGUAGUAGCAAUUGUUCAUAUACACUUUAUAUUUAUAUUUAAUGUCUUAAGAAACACCUCUUCCUUCGUCAGAAAUGGCGGUUUUCAAAAAAAUGUGUCUUUUAAAAUGUUUGUUACUUAGGGGAAAUUAAGUAUUUAGGGAUACUCCUGAGUGUGGUUUGUGUCGAGACAACCUUUGAAAGACUGUUUUGUAAUUUAGGCAUUUGUUAGAAAGGUGACGCGUACGCAACUAUUUGAAACAAUAAUCAUGUGAAAUCUUUAUUAUACUACCACGUCUACUUUGCUCGUAGUAAACAAAAAUAACUUCCAAAAUCAUAUCUUUAGAAGUCAAACUUUCGUUUAAAAUAUCAUACAGGGUGUAGGGAGCUGUUCUAAAAACUAUAAUAAGAUGUUUAUCAAGUAUUUUUCCAUUUCCAAUUUUCUUUACACGCCUAAGUAUUUUUACAAGAUUUCGAUUUUGCUUUUAAGCAGUCUUAUAUCAAUUUCUGUCUGAUUACGUAGUUCCAAUGACAGCUCCGUUUACAAUACAUUCUAUAUAAUAAUUGACAGUUUGUAUUACAAGCAAAAGUGACGUGCGUCAAAAACAAGCUACUCUCCUCGUAGCAAACAAUGUCUUUUAGGCCCAUUGGCAUUUCUUAUAGAGAAGUCCUUUCGCCAUAUUGGGUUAGCGAGGUUCCUUUGGAAACAGGAUGGUUCCAUAUCUUGAGUAUGGAUCUACUAUGUCCUAAAACUAAUCAUAAAUAAUAUGUGAUAUGUCGAAAUAUCUGUUCCUAAACCAGAGACAAUUAAGAUUAGCUAGCUUCGAAUUUUAGAGGGUCAUUUGUCAUUCAUAAAUAUAAGUAUGGUUUUAAUUCCGAACUGUUGCUACGUGACGCUCUAUAAGACGAAUCUAGCUUUACACUAAAAACUUGAUAAUGUAAGAAUGGAUAGGAAACUGACCUGCAAAAUAGGUUCCUAACUGCAAUAAUAAAGCAUGGAUUUUAAUACACAAAAGCUGCUUUAAAAUAUUGAAACCGUUCUAUUGAUUUUCCCGCCCGCUGCGAUUCAAUAGUGGAAAGCAGCAUUAGCCGAGUUUCUUUCGAAAGUGAAUUAAAUACUUAUAACUUAGUAUUGUUAUUACUUGCAAUGUAAUUAGAUAUUUUAAUUUAUUUAACUCUCACUGAAGUAAUAACUUGAAAUCGAAUGAAUUGGUGUUUUUCAAAUAGUUGCGUACGCGCGUGCUAGGUCCAUUGAGAUACAGCUGAUAGUUGACAGAGCGAGGGGGCCACGGCAUUUGCCGUUAUUUUGUUGCGUUUGUUCAUAGCAUUAUGGCUGACUCUUUUACGUUUAAAUCCUUUUGGGAGUCAAUCUUAGUUAUCCACUAAAUAUAAUUAUGUACAUACGAUAGCACUUCAAGCUUAGCACUGGCAUCUUCCGUAGUUGUAAUAGAUUCCAUUUUGCAACAAAUAUGUUUUGUUUGAUGUGCUCUCGGCUGUACAUCGUGUAUCGUGGCUAAAA